UUCCCUGCAGCUAAACUUGCCAUGGAGACCAUAACCAAACAGUGUUUGGCUUUGGAGGUCUGUGGUCAGGCUGGGCUGUCAACAUGAGGUGCAGAACUGGUUGUAGGCUUUGAUCUGGAGAGUUUAUACUGACUUUUUCCAGCCCGAAUAGGAACCAUUUCCUCUGUUCCACUCGCUGGCGCCGGAUCCUGCGACCUCUCUACAUUUCCACACUGAGAUAGUAUAACUUUGCCAAGGAGGAAAGGAAUUUGGAUAGAGUUAAUAUCCAGCCUGUGCAGCUUCCACGAGCUGGACACUGAAAUGAAGAGAGAGUUUAUUCAUUCCCAUCCCGACUCAGCCCACCAGAAUUAAAAGGCAUUUUAACCUGCAAGGGAGAUUGGGUCAGAUACUUCCCAACCUGCCUAUAGAGAAGGCUGUUUGAUUCCUCUGGCUACCAAGUCUCCCCAUUUCUGUGUUGGAUGUGAAGAGUAAAGAAAGAGUCUGGCGGGAAUCAGGAGGCAUCUAAGCAUCAGAGACAGCACCAGGUCCGAGCUGUACCGGGUGCAAUGAGCGCUCCGUGCCGGCCCUGCCAUGGAAGGCUGUGACUCACCUGUCAUCCCUGGGAAGGACAAUGGGUGCAGCAUCCCUCAGCACCAGCAAUGGACUGAUCUCAACAGCGCCCAUCUCCCCGACCCGGCCGGCAGCAUGGAGCAGCCCGCGGCGGAGAGCCGCGGCCCCCUGGACAGCCUGAGGGUCCCCUUCCCCGAGUGCGUCCCCGAGAGCAGCACGGCGGCGGGUCCCGGCACCGAGCCCACUGGCAAGGAGGUGAGCUGCGGGCAGUGCGCCGCGUCCUUCGCCGGCCUGCAGAGCUACAUGGAGCACCGCUGCACCGGCACCCGCCCACCCCCACCGCUGAGGGGGGAGAGCGGGAGCGAGAGCAGCGAGGACGGCGAGGAGGAGAGCGACGUGGAGAACCUGGCUGGCGAGAUCGUCUACCAGCCCGACGGCUCAGCCUACAUCGUGGAGAGCCUCAGCCAGCUGGUGCAAAGCGGGGGCACCGGCGGCAGUGGGACUCUCCCCUCGCUGCUCCCAAACUCUCUGCCCAAGCAGGGAGAACCCUCCGCCGCCGCUCCCGUCUACCCACAGAUCAUCAACACCUUCCACAUAGCCUCAUCCUUCGGGAAGUGGUUUGAGGGCUCAGACCAGGCCUUCCCGAAUACCUCAGCCCUGGCGGGCAUCAGCCCCGUCCUGCACAGCUUCCGCGUCUUCGAUGUGCGACACAAAAGCAACAAGGAUUACCUGAACAGCGACGGUUCUGCCAAAAGCUCCUGCGUAUCCAAAGAUGUUCCCAACAAUGUGGACCUGUCCAAAUUUGAUGGCUUUGUGCUCUAUGGUAAGAGGAAGCCCAUCCUGAUGUGUUUCUUGUGCAAGCUCUCCUUUGGGUAUGUCCGCUCGUUCGUGACCCACGCCGUGCACGACCACCGAAUGACUCUGAGCGAGGAGGAGCGGAAAAUUCUUAGCAAUAAGAACAUCUCCGCUAUCAUCCAAGGGAUAGGCAAAGACAAGGAACCCCUUGUCAGCUUUCUGGAACCAAAAAACAAAACCUUUCAGCACCCUCUCGUUUCCACAGCUAACCUCAUAGGCCCUGGACACAGUUUUUAUGGUAAAUUCAGUGGCAUUUGCAUGGAAGGCGAGCAGCCCCUCCAGGCUGGGGCAGCCAGCGGAGCGGAGCCACCGUCGGCAACAAGUGUCCUGGCCCCCGGUGCGCUCCUCAACCUGGGUGGGCUGACCAGCUCGGCUCUGAAGACUCCCAUUACCUCAGUCCCCCUGGGCCCACUGGCUUCCAGUCCCACCAAAUCCUCGGAGGGAAAGGACCCUGGGGUGGCAGAGGGGGAGAAGCAGGAGGGGGGCGACCAGGACAGCCUCUCGGAAAAGGCAGAGCCGGUUGAGGAGGUGGAAGAGGAGGAGGAAGAGGAUGUAGAGGAGGAGGAGGAGGAAGAGGAGGAGGAGGAAGAGGAAGAAGAUGAGGAUGAUGAGGGUUGCAAAGGACUGUUUCCUAGCGAGUUGGAGGAUGAACUGGAGGACCGGCCCCAGGAGGACACUGGGGCUGUGGCAGGCAGCGGCAGCAGCAAAAAGGACCUUGCUCUCUCAAACCAAAGCAUUUCUAACUCUCCCUUAAUGCCUAACGUGCUCCAGACCCUGUCACGGGGCACAGCUUCUACUAGUUCUAAUUCUGCUUCUUCCUUUGUCUUUGAUGGUGCAAACAGGAGGAAUCACUUAAGCUUUAACAAUGAGGGCGGCGGAGCCAGCGUGGCCGAGGGCAGCAGGAGGCUGGACUUUAUCGAUGAAAGUGCCAAUAAAGACAAUGCCACAGCACCAGAACCAAAUGAGAGCGCGGAGGGCGAGGACGGGAGCUACAUCUCCCAUCACCAGCAUGCUGGCCCCCUCUGUGAACUUGGGGGUGGGGAGUGCCCUUCGGGGAGCGGCGUGGAGUGCCCAAAGUGCGACACGGUCCUGGGCUCCUCGCGGUCGCUGGGUGGCCACAUGACUAUGAUGCAUUCUCGCAACUCGUGUAAGACACUCAAGUGUCCCAAGUGCAAUUGGCACUACAAGUACCAGCAGACGCUCGAGGCGCACAUGAAGGAGAAACAUCCUGAGCCGGGCGGUUCCUGCGUCUACUGCAAGAGCGGGCAGCCGCACCCGCGGCUGGCGCGGGGCGAGAGCUACACCUGUGGUUACAAGCCCUUCCGCUGCGAGGUCUGUAACUACUCCACUACUACCAAAGGCAACCUCAGUAUUCAUAUGCAGUCCGACAAGCAUCUCAACAACAUGCAGAACCUGCAGAACGGAGGGGGAGAGCAAGUCUUCAGCCACACCGCGGGGGCGGCAGCAGCAGCUGCGGCAGCUGCGGCGGCCGCGGCCGCCAACAUUGGUAGCACCUGUGGGGCCCCCUCCCCCACCAAACCAAAAACCAAACCUACAUGGCGGUGUGAGGUGUGUGACUAUGAGACCAACGUAGCUAGAAACCUUCGGAUUCACAUGACCAGUGAGAAGCACAUGCACAAUAUGAUGCUGCUUCAGCAAAAUAUGUCCCAAAUCCAACACAACCGGCACCUGGGCCUCGGCAGCCUGCCGUCCCCUGCUGAGGCCGAGCUCUACCAGUACUACCUGGCACAGAACAUGAACCUUCCCAACUUGAAGAUGGACAGCACUUCUUCAGAUGCACAGUUCAUGAUGGGGGGGUUCCAGCUCGAUCCCACCAACCCCAUGGCAACGAUGACUCCAUCUCUAGUGGGUGGAGAGAUCCCGCUGGACAUGCGGUUAGGUGGUGGACAGCUGGUGUCCGAGGAGCUCAUGAACUUGGGUGAGAGUUUCACGCAAACAAACGACCCGUCUCUGAAGCUCUUCCAGUGCGCUGUGUGUAACAAGUUCACUACAGAUAAUUUGGACAUGUUGGGCCUCCACAUGAAUGUGGAGCGAAGCCUCCCCGAGGACGAAUGGAAGGCGGUGAUGGGGGACUCGUACCAGUGCAAGCUCUGCCGCUACAACACGCAGCUCAAGGCCAACUUCCAGCUUCACUGUAAGACAGACAAGCACGUGCAGAAAUACCAGCUAGUGGCACACAUCAAGGAGGGGGGCAAAGCCAAUGAGUGGAGGCUCAAGUGUGUGGCCAUUGGGAACCCGGUCCAUCUGAAAUGCAACGCGUGUGACUACUACACCAACAGUUUGGAGAAGCUGCGUCUUCACACCGUGAACUCGAGGCAUGAGGCCAGCCUGAAGCUCUAUAAGCACCUGCAGCACCAUGAGAGCGGGGUCGAAGGUGAAAGCUGCUACUACCACUGUGUCCUCUGUAAUUACUCCACCAAGGCCAAGCUGAACCUCAUCCAGCACGUGCGCUCCAUGAAACACCAGCGGAGCGAAAGCCUCCGGAAGCUGCAGCGCCUACAGAAAGGUCUUCCUGAAGAAGAGGAGGAUCUGGGGCAGAUCUUCACCAUCCGGAAGUGUCCAGCUGCCGAGGCCGAACCCAGUGAAGAUGUGGAAGGGCCCAAUGAAACAACUGGUGAUGCUGAGGAGCCUGCCAAGGAGCAAGAGAGUGGAGGGGACAAGGACCAGAGUAAAUGGACAGCACCAGCCAGCCAGGCAGAGAAGGAGCUGACGGAGCCUCCAGCGUCCUCUAAGCGGAUAUCGUUUCCCAGCAGCUCUGAGUCGCCUCUCUCCUUUAAAUGGUCAAAAACUUCAGAGGAGACCAAAUCAGAGCAGAUGUACCAGUGUCCGUAUUGCAAGUACAGCAACACAGACGUGAACCGGCUGCGGGUGCAUGCCAUGACCCAGCACUCUGUGCAGCCCAUGCUCCGCUGCCCACUCUGCCAGGACAUGCUGAAUAACAAGAUCCACCUGCAGUUGCACCUCACCCACCUGCACAGCGUGUCACCUGACUGUGUUGAGAAACUCAUCAUGACGGUGACAACCCCUGAGGUGAUGAUGCCCAGCAGCAUGUUCCUCCCAGCAGCUGCUCCAGAGAAGGAUGGUAACUCAGGCACCGAGGAGCUGGGGAAGCAGCCUGAGAUCUCUGAGGACACAGGGAAGAACCUUUUGCCAUCAGACAGUGCAGAGCACAGCGGGGACCCCAAGCCUGCUCCAGCUGAUCCGAGCGCUGCCCGGGAGGACUCUGGCUUCCUGUGCUGGAAGAAGGGCUGCAGCCAGGUGUUCAAGAGCUCGGCAGCCCUGCAGACACACUUCAACGACGUCCACGCCAAGCGGCCUCAGCUGCCGGUCUCUGACCGCCACGUCUACAAGUACCGCUGCAACCAGUGCAGCCUGGCCUUCAAAACCAUUGAGAAGCUGCAGCUCCACUCCCAGUACCACGUCAUCCGGGCAGCCACCAUGUGCUGCCUCUGUCAGCGCAGCUUCCGAACCUUCCAGGCCCUGAAGAAGCACCUGGAAACCAGCCACCUAGAGCUGAGCGAGGCCGACAUUCAGCAGCUGUAUGGUGGUCUCUUGGUCAACGGAGACCUCCUUGCUAUGGGUGACCCUUCACUUGCAGAGGACCACACAAUAAUAGUUGAGGAAGAUAAGGAGGAGGAGAGCGACCUGGAAGAUAAGCAGAGCCCGACAGGCAGCGAUUCUGGUUCCGUGCAGGAGGACUCUGGCUCAGAACCAAAAAGGGCCUUACCCUUCAGGAAGGGCCCUAACUUCACUAUGGAGAAAUUCCUAGAUCCGUCUCGCCCAUACAAGUGCACAGUCUGCAAGGAAUCCUUCACACAGAAGAACAUUCUCCUGGUCCAUUACAAUUCUGUUUCUCAUCUGCAUAAACUGAAACGAGCCCUCCAAGAGUCUGCUACUGGGCAGCCUGAGCCAACCAGCAGCCCAGACAACAAACCUUUCAAGUGUAACACCUGCAACGUGGCCUACAGCCAGAGCUCAACCCUGGAGAUCCACAUGAGGUCUGUCCUGCACCAGACCAAGGCUCGCGCGGCCAAGCUGGAGGCGGCAGGCAGCAGCAGCAAUGGGGCUGGCAACGGCAGCAGCAGCGGCCUCUCCUUGGGUUCAUCCACACCGAGCCCCGUGAGUGCCAGCAACAGCAAUGCUUUUGCAACCACCAGCACGAGCACUUCAGGCACCACUCCCAUUCCCAGCCUGCUCAACCAGGUGUCCAGCGACAGCGUGGGAAUUCCUCCGUUGGGUAACCCUGUAAGCACUAACAUCUCCUCCCCUUCGGAGCCCAAAGAGGUGAACCGCAAGAAACUGGCAGACAUGAUUGCAUCCAGGCAGCAGCAGCAGCAGCAGCAGCAGCAGCAACAGCAGCAACAAGCCCAAACCUUGGCACAGGCACAGGCACAGGUCCAGGCCCACCUGCAGCAGGAGCUGCAGCAGCAAGCUGCUCUCCUGCAGUCCCAGCUCUUCAACCCAGCACUUUUGCCGCACUUUCCGAUGACCACCGAGACCCUUCUGCAGCUGCAGCAGCAGCAGCAUCUUCUGUUCCCAUUCUACAUCCCCAGUGCCGAGUUCCAGCUCAAUCCAGAAGUCAGCUUGCCUGUCACCAGCGGUGCACUGACAUUGACUGGGACGGGUCCAACUUUGCUGGAGGACCUGAAGGCACAAGUUCAGCUCCCUCAGCAGAGCCAUCCACAGCUCUUGCAGCAGCAGCAAGGUCAGCUGUCAUUAUCACAACCCCACUCCGUCCUGUUACAGCAGAGCCAGCACCCAGAGAAGAAGAAUAAAUCCAUAGUGAAGGAGAAAGAUAAAGAAACCCCACGGGAAAGGGAAAGCGCAGAAAGGGGAGACAAUAAUGUAACAUUGAAGGAGUCUCUGCCUGAUAACUUAAAGCUCAAAGAGAAGAAGGACUUUGUGCCAGGCAGCAGUUCAGAGCCCUCCAUCCUGCCCCCACGGAUCGCCUCUGAUGCAAGGGGCAACGCCACCAAAGCCUUGCUGGAAAACUUUGGCUUUGAGCUUGUCAUUCAGUACAACGAGAACAAGCAGAAAGUGCAGAAGAAAAACGGGAAGACAGACCAAGGUGAGAACUUGGAAAAGCUGGAGUGCGAUACGUGCGGCAAGUUAUUCUCAAACAUCCUCAUCCUGAAGAGCCACCAAGAGCACGUUCACCAACAUUACUUUCCCUUUAAGCAGUUGGAGAAAUUUGCCAAACAGUACAGAGAACACUACGACAAACUGUACCCACUGCGGCCUCAGACCCCCGAGCCACCACCCCCGCCUCCACCGCCCCCCCCUCCGCUCCCUCCAGCUCCUCCUCAGCCGGCUGCCGCUCCUGCCAUCCCUACUUCUGCCCCACCGAUUACUUCUCCCACGAUUGCACCAGCCCAGCCAUCUGUGCCACUCACCCAGCUCUCCAUGCCCAUGGAGCUCCCCAUCUUCUCACCACUCAUGAUGCAAACCAUGCCCCUGCAGACAUUACCCGCGCAGCUGCCGCCCCAGCUGGGCCCUGUAGAUCCCCUACCCGCCGACUUGGCCCAGUUGUACCAGCAUCAGCUGAACCCCAGCCUUCUCCAGCAGCAGCAGAACAAGAGGCCACGGACACGGAUCACUGAUGACCAGCUCAGAGUCCUUCGGCAGUAUUUUGACAUUAACAAUUCCCCAAGUGAGGAACAGAUCAAAGAGAUGGCAGACAAAUCCGGAUUGCCACAGAAAGUGAUCAAGCACUGGUUCAGAAACACCCUGUUCAAGGAGCGCCAGCGUAACAAGGACUCCCCAUACAACUUCAGCAACCCUCCCAUUACUAGCCUGGAAGAGCUAAAGAUAGACUCACGGCCUCCUUCUCCAGAGCCUCAAAAGCAGGAGUACUGGGGAAGCAAGCGGUCCUCUCGGACACGCUUUACUGACUACCAGCUCAGAGUCCUGCAGGACUUCUUUGAUGCCAAUGCUUACCCAAAGGACGAUGAAUUUGAGCAGCUUUCUAACUUGCUGAACCUCCCCACGCGUGUUAUAGUGGUGUGGUUCCAGAAUGCCCGUCAGAAAGCUAGGAAAAACUAUGAAAAUCAGGGAGAAGGCAAAGAUGGGGAGCGACGCGAGCUCACAAACGACAGGUACAUUAGAACAAGCAACUUGAACUACCAGUGCAAAAAAUGCAGUCUGGUCUUUCAGCGCAUUUUUGAUCUCAUUAAACACCAGAAAAAGCUUUGUUACAAAGAUGAGGAUGAGGAUGGACAGGAUGAUAGCCAGAACGAAGACUCUAUGGAUGCAAUGGAGCUCUUGACUCCAACCAGUUCCUCCUGCAGCACACCAAUGCCCUCACAAGCUUACAGCACACCUACAUCUUCAGCCAACACAACCUCCUCAGCUUUUCUGCAGCUCACAGCAGAGGCAGACGAUUCCUCCACCUUUAGUUCUAAAGUAGAACCUACAGAUGAGAAACCAAAGCAGUCUGAACCUCCAAGUACACAGCAAAACCAAACCCAAGAGAAGCAAGUGCAACCAAAGCAAGAGUCUCAGCAGCAACAGGACCAAGGAGAACAAAAGACAAGUUCAGCACACCAAAAGAUUUCACAGUUAUCCUCCCCCUCCUCACUGCAGCAGCCACCUCCUCCCCCUCAGCCCCCUCAAUGCUCCUUGUCACAGUCAAGCCCAAGUCCAUCUCAGCUCUCACACCUCUCCCUCAAACCCAUUCACACCUCUACCCCUCAGCAGCUGGCAAACCUACCUCCUCAACUGAUCCCAUACCAGUGUGACCAGUGUAAGCUGGCAUUUCCUUCCUUCGAGCAUUGGCAGGAGCAUCAGCAGCUCCAUUUCCUGAGUGCACAGAACCAGUUUAUCCACCCCCCAUUCCUGGACAGAACGCUGGAUAUGCCGUUCAUGCUUUUUGAUCCCAGUAAUCCACUACUGGCGAGCCAGCUGCUGUCUGGAACGUUACCACAGAUUCCAGCAAGCUCGGCCACCUCACCGUCAACUCCAACAUCCACCAUGAACACGCUGAAGAGAAAGCUGGAGGAAAAGGCCAGCGCAAGCCCUGGAGAGAAUGACAGUGGGACUGGGGGAGAAGAACCCCAAAGGGAUAAACGUCUAAGGACAACCAUUACCCCCGAGCAGCUAGAAAUUCUGUACCAGAAAUAUUUGCUCGACUCCAACCCUACACGGAAGAUGCUGGAUCACAUUGCGCAUGAAGUGGGCUUGAAGAAGCGGGUGGUGCAGGUUUGGUUCCAGAACACCCGUGCACGGGAGAGGAAAGGGCAGUUCAGAGCUGUGGGGCCGGCCCAAGCCCACAGAAGGUGUCCCUUCUGCCGAGCUCUCUUUAAAGCAAAGACAGCUCUGGAAGCUCAUAUUCGAUCCCGGCACUGGCACGAAGCCAAGCGAGCUGGGUACAACCUGACACUGUCUGCUAUGCUUCUGGACUGCGAUGGGGGACUUCAGAUGAAGGGAGACAUCUUUGAUGGAGCCAGCUUUUCCCAUAUGCCACCAACUAGCAGUGACGGACAGAGUGUUCCCCUCUCCCCGGUGAACAAGAGCAUGGAACUGUCACCUCGAACUCUGCUGAGUCCGUCCUCCAUUAAGGUGGAAGGGAUUGAAGACUUCGAGAGUCCAUCCAUGUCCUCAGUCAAUCUGAGCUUUGACCAGACAAAGCUGGACAACGAUGACUGCUCUUCUGUCAACACCGCGAUCACGGACACCACCACAGGAGACGAAGGCAAUGCAGACAACGAUAGUGCAACAGGGAUUGCAACCGAAACCAAAUCCACAUCGGGACCCAGUGAAGGUCUGACAAAAGCUGCCAUGAUAGCAAUGUCUGAAUACGAAGAUCGUCUGUCUUCUGGCCUGGUCAGCCCAGCUCCCAGCUUUUACAGCAAAGAGUACGACAAUGAAGGUACUGUGGACUACAGUGAAACCUCCAGCCUUGCAGACCCCUGCUCGCCCAGCCCUGGCGCAAGUGGUUCAGCCAGCAAGUCUGGCGAGAGCGGGGACCGGCCCGGACAGAAACGCUUUCGCACUCAGAUGACUAAUCUCCAGCUCAAGGUUCUUAAGUCAUGCUUUAAUGACUACAGGACACCAACCAUGCUGGAGUGUGAGGUCCUGGGCAAUGACAUUGGACUGCCAAAGAGAGUUGUUCAGGUCUGGUUCCAGAAUGCAAGGGCAAAGGAGAAGAAGUCAAAACUCAGCAUGGCCAAGCAUUUUGGUAUAAACCAAACAAGUUACGAGGGACCCAAAACAGAGUGCACUUUGUGUGGCAUCAAGUACAGCGCUCGGCUGUCUGUACGUGACCAUAUCUUCUCUCAACAGCAUAUCUCCAAAGUUAAAGAAACCAUUGGAAGCCAGUUGGAUAAGGAAAAGGAGUAUUUCGACCCAGCUACUGUACGUCAGUUGAUGGCUCAGCAGGAGCUGGACCGGAUCAAAAAAGCCAAUGAGGUUCUUGGUCUGGCAGCUCAACAGCAGGGCAUGUUUGACAACACCCCCCUGCAAGCUCUGAACCUUCCUGCUGCGUACCCAGCGCUCCAGGGCAUCCCUCCAGUCUUACUCCCAGGCCUCAACAGCCCAUCCUUACCCAGCUUCACUCCAUCCAACACAGCUUUAACUUCUCCCAAACCCAACCUGAUGGGCCUGCCCAGCACAAGCGUCCCUUCACCUGGCCUCCCCACCUCUGGAUUACCAAAUAAGCAGCCCCCGGCCGCGCUGAGCUCGCCCACCCCGGCACAAGCCACAGCAGCCGUGGCCCCACAGCAACCUCCGGCGACGACCCCACAGCCACAGCCGCAGCAGGCGCCCCCACCGCAGCGCAAGGAGAAGGAGAGCGAGAAGGCAAAAGAGAAGGAGAAGGCACCGAAGGGGAAGGGGGACCCCCUGCCAGGGCCCAAGAAGGAGAAGGGGGAGGCGCCGGCGGGUGCCCUUGCAGCCCCACUGCCUGCCAUGGAGUACGCGGUGGAACCCACCCAGCUCCAGGCGCUGCAGGCCGCCCUGAAUUCAGACCCCACCACCUUGCUGACGAGCCAGUUCCUUCCCUACUUCGUCCCCGGCUUUUCCCCUUACUACGCCCCGCAGAUCCCUGGCGCCCUGCAGAGCGGGUACCUGCAGCCCAUGUACGGGAUGGAGGGGCUGUUCCCCUACAGCCCCGCGCUGUCGCAGGCGCUGCUGGGGCUGUCGCCUGGCUCGCUGCUGCAGCAGUACCAGCAAUACCAGCAGAGUCUGCAGGAGGCAUUGCAGCAGCAGCAGCGGCAGCAGCAGCAGCAGCAACAGCAGAAAGCGCAGCAGCCCAAAGGAAGCCAAACCCCCGUCCCCACGGGGGCUGCCACCCCGGACAAAGACCCUGCCAAAGAACCCCCCAAGCAAGAGGAGCAGAAGAAUGCACCCCGCGAGGUGUCCCCCCUCCUGCCCAAACCCCAAGAAGAGCCCGAAGCAGAAGGCAAGGGCGCGGACUCCCUCUGCGACCCUUUCAUCGUCCCGAAGGUGCAGUACAAGCUGGUCUGCCGCAAGUGCCAGGCGUGCUUUGGCGACCAGGAGGCGGCCAGCGACCACCUGAAGUCCCUCUGCUUCUUCGGCCAGUCCGUGGCGAACCUGCAUGAGAUGGUGCUUCACGUGCCCACCGGCAGCGGCCAGGGCAGCGGCUCGUACCAGUGCGUGGCGUGCGAGAGCACGGUGUGUGGGGACGAAGCCCUCAGUCAGCAUCUCGAGUCAGCCCCGCACAAACACCGAACAAUCACAAGAGCAGCAAGAAACGCCAAAGAGCACCCCAGUCUAUUACCUCACUCUGCCUGCCCCCCCGACCCCAGCACCGCAUCUACCUCGCAGUCGGCCGCUCACUCAAACGACAGCCCCCCGCCCCCCCGGCCCCCCCCGGCUUCCCCCCACGCCUCCAGAAAGCCCUGGCCCCCGGCAGCCUCCCGUGCCCCGCCGGGGAAGCCGCCACCACCGCCUUUCCCUCCUCUCUCCUCAUCUUCAACGGUUACCUCAAGUUCAUGCAGCACCUCAGGGGUUCAGCCCUCGAUGCCAACAGACGACUAUUCGGAGGAGUCUGACACGGAUCUUAGCCAAAAGUCAGAUGGACCGGCGAGCCCGGCGGAGGGGCCCCGGGACCCCGGCUGCCCUAAGGACAGUGGUCUAGCUAGCGUAGGAAUGGACACCUUCAGAUUGUAAGCUUUGAAGAUGAACAAUGAAAAUGAAUUUAAAUAAAAAAGUUAAUAACAAACCAAUUUCAAAAAUAGACUAACUGCAAUUCCAAAGCUUCUAACCAAAAAAAAAAAGAAAAAAGAAAAAAAGAAAAAACGUGGGUUGUUUUCCCAUAUAACGAUGCCGGUGGGUUUUACAUUUCUUUUUUCCUUUCCUUUUAAUAAAAUAAAACUUUGAAAAAGAAAAAAAAAAAAAUCUGUUACAUUUGUCCUCUCGAAGGUACUGUUGGUCUGGGAGACGAAGGCCCGUGCUGCCUCCUCGCGCCUGCGGAGCUCGCGCCCCUGUACAUUGCCCCUGUCCGAUCCCCCGUCAAUAGCACAGCAGAGCCCGGCAGCGCUGUAUGGGAAAGCAGCCCACCUGGAGACAGUUUUAAAUUUCUUGCUAUCUUAGCAUUCAGAUACCAAUGGCUUGCUAAAAGAAAAAAGAAAUGUAAUGUCUUUUUAUUCUCAGGUCAAUCGCUCACACUUUGUUCUGUUUUCAGAAUCAUUGUUUUAUAUAUAUAUAUAUAUAUAUAUAAAAUUUCUUUCAUUUGUUUUGGGGUUUUUGUUUUGUUUUGUUUUUGUUCCAGAAAAGGAUUUUUUUUUCUUUUUUUUUUUUUUUUGUUAAUUUAAAAUGGGCAGAAAGUAUUCAAGAGAAAAACAAUGUGAACUGCUUUAGCUUUUCGGGGAUUUUAAGGGUAGCUUUUCUGCUGAAGCCAAUUCCAAGGGGAAAAGUUAAGCACUCCCACUUUUCAGAAAAAAAAAAACCCACACAGAGAGUGUUGAGGACUCGGAGCUUAAAAAAAAAAAAGUUUUAAAACAACUGACUUUCUGUAUUUAUGAUAGAUAUGACCAUUUUUGGUGUUGAGUAGAUUGUUGCAUUGGAAAUGAACUGAAGCAGUAUGGUAGAUUUAAAAGAAAAAACCCUUUUGUGUACAUUUAGCUUUUGUAUGGUCCAGCUGACGGCUUCUCAUUUGAUGUUGUCUUGUUCAUUCCUAGCCAGAUAGAUUGCGAUCCAUCGACUCGCCUGAGCUUUUCUCCCCUUUGUACCUUUAUCCCCAUCCCCAUCCUGUAAUCUUCCACUUAUGGUCGCUACCUUCAUUUCUUAGAGGGUGGUUGCAUAAUUAUUUUAUAAAAACUAAAGAAAGAAGUUCAAAGGGUUUUGGGGGUCAGUAGGAUCCCUUGCAGAAUAUUUUUUGUUGGGGGUUUGAAACUUUUUAAGGCGUAUACAUACGAUUUACCUAUGUCUGUUACCCUUGUGCACUUAUUUUGUUCUUAUUUUCCAUUUCUCUUUUUUUUUUUUCUCUUCCCCUCUUCCUUUCCUCAUUUUGUAAAUGCUUCAAAGACUCUGUUCCUGACCUCUGAGCAUCGGUUCUGUUUGUGUAAUUAGGCUGCACUCUUGUUCCUUCUUUUGAAAAAAAAAAAAAAAGGUUUUGUUACAUUUUUUUUCUCUAAAGAAAAUUCAUGCUUUAAAUAAAAAUCCAAAGACAUACCCUUCACCACUGGUGCAGAAUGAGCAAAAAGGAUUCUUUUUACUUGAGAAUUUGUUUCUGAUUUAAACAAACAAGUCUAAGUUUAAAUAAAGAAUAAAAAAAGUACCCAGGUUGUUAUCUGUGCUUCUUCUGCAAGCAGAGAGACAACUCUUAGUGAGCACCCAGCGCACCCCUGGCAGGUUUCUCUUUCCAAGUUCUCUCCAUGGCAGCAGCGGGUGCCAGGCUCAGGGAUGCCCAGAGCCCCCUGGCCUCCUCUGGGCACCCGGGCACACCUCGGCCCAGACUUUGAAAGGAAAACUUUGUGCUGCUAAAAUGUAGAUUUUGGAGAUGUAGAUGCUUUGCUGUUCCCUUCCGUAACCAAAUGCCAACAGAAAAAACCUCCUUCUCCCCCCCGUUUCCUCUGCCCUCGAAAGCGCAAAAGCCUUCUCCCACCAUCGUCAUCCUCCUCCUGCUUCAAAAGGGAACUUGGAAGACUGUGAAUGCAGGUUCCUCCCACCGCCUCCAGCCGCUCCUCCCCGGGCCGAAGCCACUCGCUGCCUCCACGAGAGAUUGGAGCAUCCGAGAGACGAGCGCGGGUUUCUAGCGGGACACUUAUAUUUUUAUGGAAUUUUGGUUUUAGUUCGAUGAAAGACUAGAUCCUGAACAGUUGUACAUAUUUCUAGGGUAAUGCACAUAUUCCUUUUUUAAUUGUUUUUUAAGUAGUCGAUACUAAAGCGCGAACCACCGGAUGUUCCUCCCAGGACCCAGCUGUAGCACAAGGUGUCAAAACCGGAACCACGUACCCACGGAGCAUUUGCUGUUUUAACAAACUGUUUUCUUUAACAGAAGUUCUUGUAUUUCUCCCCGUGUUUGAGAUGAACAUUUUUUAAAUUCUAAAGUUGUACAGUUUUUUGUUUUCCAUUAUUUUAUCUUGUUUGUAAUUCUAUGAAAUAUAUAUAUAUAUAUUUUUUGCCAUUUAACUGUUGUAUGUUACUCUGUCUGUAUCAUAUAGAAAUUUUUUUGUUUGUUUUGUUUUGGAUUCUCUCUGUGAUGCCAGUUCCCAGUUUAACACGAGCUUUAUCUGUCCAAUUCCUCAAGGUCUCUUUUGGAAAUCCUUUUGUUUUGUCUUGUUUCGGUUUUUUAAUUAUAUUGCUUGGUCAUAGUGCAAUUUCUCUCUCCUCCUUCCCACCCACUAAAAAGUUUUAUAAAUUCAUUUUCUUGUAUUUUUUCUAAAUGUUUCUAGAGACUUUUCAGUGCGAGGUUGCCUCCUCCCCUUGCCUGGGGCCAAUGAGGGGACCUCAUGGCCCCGCUGGGAUCCCCAGCCCUGCCAGCGCCGGCCUCGUGCUCGCAGAGCCCCAACACCUGCCCCGGGGGGCUGCGGGAGCGACGUCAGCACGCGGGAACCCCUGCGUGACCCCGAGCCCACGCGUGGCCUUCCCAGCGAGCAACAGAGAGGGGCCGGGCUGGGCAUGAGGAAAACACUUCAAACUUAGCAUUGAGCGGGUUUCUUUUUUAUUUUUAAUAAAAAGCUUUUUUAAGUGGUGAAGAUGGCCAAAGUUUCAUACAAUUGAGAAUAAAGAGAGGCGUCAGGGGUGUGUGGGGCCGCCCGGGGCUGGCAGGGGACAAGGGGGGCGGACACAGCCGGCACGCUCGCUGAAAUAUAUUUUGCUUUAAGAAAAAAUUAAACUUUUAAAUGGAAGCAGAAAUUGGGGUUGGUUGGUUGGUUGGUUGGUUGGUCGGUUGGUUGGUUGGUUGGUCGGUCAAUUGGUCGGCACUGAUACUGCCCACUGUGAAACAAAGCUUUGACUAUUUUUUCGUUUUUAUUUGGGGGGGCAAGUUUGGGUAGAACAGAAAGCAUAAAUGAGGUGAAGAGGGUUAUGAACAGCCUUUGCAAUGUACAAAAACUAGAGCAAGUGAAACCAAAAAUGAUGUUCUUGGUGUUUUUCUAUACUGUAGUCUUGUUAGCUUUUUUGUUACUGUAACAAUGCUGAUCUCGAACUGUACCAAAAUACAUGAGACUGACAGAAACAAACCACAUGGAACUUUCAAAACUUUAAAAAACUGUCACAAAAGACUUUGUUGUCAUAGUUGAGUUGACUGUAGAUGGUAAUUGAAUAUACUCCUUUGGAACUAUUUCAUCA